GGGGGCGAACGACGCCGCGGCCUUCUCGGUGCGGAGGGAGAGCGCGGUGGACACCGCUCUCCAGGGGACUGCAGGCUAUGGCGGGGCGACGUCCACCCUGCGUCCCAGCAAGCGUACGGGAGCGUUCGUUCCCCUCCGCACCAAGGCGGCCUGAAGCCCCCUAGUCCUCGGCCCCCGCGCAAGCGACGCCGGGAAAUGCCCACAUCCGGGAAACCCGCGACUGAGUGCGGCGGCGGCGACGGGGAGCGGAAGGCAAAAUGGCGGCGGCGGCGGCCUGCUGCUGAGGGGAGAGCCAGGUCCCCGCGACCCUCACGACGGGCCGCGCUGGCCGGCCGCAGCCCCUCCCCCCGGCGUGUGCCCCCGUCCUGCCCCAUCCCGAGCCCCGAAGGACCGCUGGGGCCCCGGGGACGGGCUCCAGCCGCUGCGGCGCCGGCCCUCGGGUCCGUGGCCGCUGUCCAGGAGCCCCGCUCUCCCCUGCAGGUUAUUUAGAUUGUGAAGAAUUUUAACAUUCCUAGGAACGUCACCAAAAGAAUCAUUUUCAUUUUUGAUCAAGAGGAACCUCUGAAUCUGUCACCUCACUCUUAAAGAAGUCCUUUUUGUGGGUCCAUAGAUAGAUGCUUUAAUGAAGAGGAGUGAAAAGCCGGAAGGAUAUAGACAGAUGAGGCCUAAGACCUUUCCUGCCAGUAACUACACUGGCAGCAGCCGGCAAAUGUUGCAAGAGAUUCGAGAAUCCCUUAGGAAUUUAUCCAAGCCAUCUGAUGCUGCCAAAGUGGAGCAUAAUGUGAGCAAAAUACCAACCGAAGACCCUCGGCAAGUGAGAAACCCACCUAAAUUUGGAACACAUCAUAAAGCCUUACAAGAAAUUCGAAACUCUCUAUUACCAUUUGCAAAUGAAGCAAGUUCUUCUUCCCGAAGUACUUCAGAAGUUAACCCACAAAUGUUUCAGGAUUUGCAGGCUGCUGGCUUUGAUGAGGAUAUGGUUAUCCAAGCUCUUCAGAAAACUAAUAACAGAAGUAUAGAAGCAGCUGUUGAAUUCAUUAGUAAAAUGAGUUAUCAAGAUCCUCGUCGAGAGCAGAUGGCUGCAGCAGCUGCCCGACCUAUUAAUGCCAGCAUGAAGCCAGGAAAUGUGCAACAGUCAAUUAACCGCAAACAAAGCUGGAAAGGUUCUAAAGAGUCCUUAGUUCCUCAGAGACAUGGCCCACCUCUAGGAGAAAGUGUGACUUACCAUUCUGAAAGUCCCAACUCACAAACAGAUGUAGGAAGACCUUUGUCUGGAUCCAGUAUUACAGCAUUUUCUCAAGCUCACCCAAGCAACGGACAGAGAGUGAACCCACCACCACCACCUCAAGUAAGGAGUGUCACUCCUCCACCUCCUCCAAGAGGACAAACUCCCCCUCCACGAGGCACAACUCCACCUCCCCCCUCAUGGGAACCAAACUCUCAGACAAAGCGCUAUUCUGGGAGCAUGGAGUAUGUAAUCUCUCGCAUCUCUCCUGUUCCACCUGGGGCAUGGCAGGAGGGCUAUCCUCCACCACCUCUUAACUCUUCCUCUAUGAAUCCUCCUAACCAGGGACAGAGAAGCAUUAAUUCUGUCCCUCUUGGCAGACAACCAAUUAUCAUGCAGAGCACUAAUAAAUUUAACUUUCCACCAGGGAGACCUGGAAUUCAGAAUGGUGGUGGUCAAACUGAUUUUAUCAUGCACCAAAAUGUUGUUCCUGCUAGUGCUGUGAAUCGGCAGCCACCACCUCCUUAUCCUCUGACCCCAACUAAUGGACAGAACUCUUCUUUACAAACUGGGGGAUCUCCUGCUCCUUCAUCAUACACAAAUGGAAAUAUUCCUCAAUCGAUGAUGGUGCCAAACAGAAAUAGUCAUAACAUGGAACUUUAUAAUAUUAGUGUACCUGGACUGCAAACAACUUGGCCUCAGUCAUCUUCCGCUCCUGCCCAAUCAUCCCCAAGCAGUGGGCAUGAAAUUCCUACAUGGCAAUCUAACGUACCAGUGAGGUCAAAUUCUUUUAAUAACCCAUUAGGAAAUAGAACAAGUCACUCUGCUAAUUCUCAGCCAUCAGCUACUACCGUCACUGCAAUCACACCAGCUCCUAUUCAACAGCCUGUGAAAAGCAUGCGUGUAUUAAAACCAGAACUACAGACUGCUUUAGCACCUACCCACCCUUCUUGGAUACCACAGCCAAUUCAAACUGUUCAACCUAAUCCUUUUUCUGAGGGUACCACUUCAAAUGUAACUGUUAUUCCUCCUGUUGCUGAAGCCCCAAACUAUCAAGGCCCACCACCACCUUAUCCGAAACAUCUACUACACCAAAACCCAUCUGUUCCUCCAUAUGAGUCAAUAAGUAAAUCUUGCAAAGAGGAUCAGCCUAGCUUACCCAAGGAAGAUGAGGGUGAAAAAAGUUUGGAAACCGUUGAUAGUGGGGAUAAAGAAAAAAAACAGAUUACAACUUCACCUAUCACCGUUAGGAAAAAUAAGAAAGACGAAGAGCGAAGGGAAUCUCGUAUUCAGAGUUAUUCUCCUCAAGCAUUUAAAUUCUUUAUGGAGCAACAUGUAGAAAAUGUCCUGAAAUCUCAUCAGCAACGUCUGCAUCGGAAAAAACAAUUAGAGAAUGAAAUGAUGCGGGUUGGAUUAUCUCAAGAUGCCCAGGAUCAAAUGAGAAAGAUGCUUUGCCAAAAAGAAUCUAACUAUAUUCGUCUUAAAAGGGCUAAAAUGGACAAGUCUAUGUUUGUGAAGAUAAAGACACUAGGAAUAGGAGCAUUUGGUGAAGUCUGUCUUGCAAGAAAAGUUGAUACUAAAGCUUUGUAUGCAACAAAAACUCUUCGAAAGAAAGAUGUUCUGCUCCGAAAUCAAGUUGCUCAUGUUAAAGCUGAGAGGGAUAUCCUGGCCGAAGCCGACAAUGAAUGGGUGGUUCGCUUAUAUUAUUCAUUCCAAGAUAAGGAUAAUUUAUACUUUGUAAUGGACUACAUUCCUGGGGGUGAUAUGAUGAGCCUAUUAAUUAGAAUGGGCAUUUUUCCAGAAAAUCUGGCACGAUUCUACAUAGCAGAACUUACCUGUGCAGUCGAAAGUGUUCAUAAAAUGGGUUUUAUUCAUAGAGAUAUUAAACCUGAUAACAUUUUGAUUGAUCGUGAUGGUCAUAUUAAAUUGACUGACUUUGGUCUGUGCACCGGAUUCAGAUGGACCCAUGAUUCCAAGUAUUAUCAGAGUGGUGAUCAUCCCCGGCAAGAUAGCAUGGAUUUCAGUAAUGAAUGGGGUGAUCCCUCGAAUUGUCGAUGUGGAGAUAGACUAAAGCCACUGGAGCGGAGAGCUGCACGCCAGCACCAGCGAUGUCUAGCACACUCUUUGGUUGGGACUCCCAAUUAUAUUGCACCUGAAGUGUUACUGCGGACAGGAUAUACACAGUUAUGUGAUUGGUGGAGUGUUGGUGUGAUUCUUUUUGAAAUGUUGGUGGGACAGCCUCCAUUCUUGGCACAAACACCAUUAGAAACACAAAUGAAGGUUAUCAACUGGCAAACUUCUCUUCACAUUCCACCACAAGCUAAACUGAGUCCUGAAGCCUCUGAUCUGAUUAUCAAACUUUGCCGAGGACCAGAAGAUCGCUUAGGCAAGAAUGGUGCUGAUGAAAUCAAGGCUCAUCCAUUUUUUAAAACCAUUGAUUUCUCCAGUGAUCUGAGACAGCAGUCUGCUUCAUACAUUCCUAAAAUCACGCACCCAACAGAUACAUCAAAUUUUGACCCUGUUGAUCCUGAUAAGUUGUGGAGUGAUGAUAAUGAGGAAGAAAAUGUAAAUGACACUCUCAAUGGAUGGUAUAAAAAUGGAAAACAUCCUGAACAUGCUUUCUAUGAAUUUACUUUUCGGAGGUUUUUUGAUGACAAUGGCUACCCAUAUAAUUAUCCAAAGCCUAUAGAAUAUGAAUAUGUUAAUUCACAAGAUUCAGAGCAACAGUUGGAUGAAGAUGAUCAACAUACAGGCUCUGAUAUCAAAAAUCGUGAUCUAGUAUAUGUUUAAUAGACUAGGACGUAACAGUAAGAAUUUGCAAAAAAGGCCUGACAUGCAAGGUUUUUGAGAUUUUGAGAAUAAGGUUAUGCAAAUGUGACAGAGCUUCGUAUGUAUGCUCUGUGUAUAUUUUAUUUUCCUAAAUUAUGGGAAAUCCUUUUAAAAAUGUUAAUUUAUUCCACCUUUUUAAAUCAGUAAUUUAGAAUAAAUUGUUAUAAGUAAAUUAUGAACUGAAUAUUACAGUCAGUUCUUGGUACUUAAAGUACUUAAAAAAAUAGUGCUCUGUUUUAAAAAGAGAAACCUGGUAUCUAUUUGUAUAUAUGCUAAAUAAUUUUUAAAAUUCAAGAGUUUUUGAAAGACAGUUUUAGUUUUAUCUUGCUUUGACCAAAUAUGAAACAUACCCAUUAUUUCCCUUGGCUUUGGUUCAAAAUAAGCUAAAGAAAGUAAGCCAUCAUUUUUAGAAAGUAUUCUUAGGCUCAUGAUAGUCUGUGCAAGUCAUAUCCUGGAACCAGGAAAUAGAGUGGAAACAAUGUGUUCUUUAGAAUGAAAAGUAGUUCAGUUUACCCCCUCUCCUCCAUAGGAGUAUUUAAUCUAGCAUUUUCUCUCAUUACCGGCUUUAAAAGAAGCCAGAGCACUAUCAGUUUUGUUUUCAUAUUGAUAUUAAUGCUGCUUCCAGUUUUAAAAGGGAACAAAGUUGCCAUAGUCAGAAUUUCAAAUACUGGAAACUAAGGUCUUUAACAUUUUUUACCUUGAAGUUAGAAAAAAAAUUACAUCUCUCCUAAGCAAAGAAACUAUUUUCAGUUUAUAAAGGUUUGAUUAGAACUUUUCUGCUUCAACUUACUAAGAAAGUACUUUUCCUAGGGGACUGUGGAUGUAGCUCAAUGAUAGAGCACUUACCUAAGAUACAUGAAGUCCUGGGUUCAGUCCCCAGCACCCCUCCUCCCCAAAAUAAGUACCUUUGCUGUACAGUGAUCAAUCUUAAGUCAUCAAAUAUAUAGAUUUUUUUUCUUUUAGAAUAGUUCAACAAAUUGUUGGCAAAGGAAAAUAUAGCUAUUUGGUAAUAUACCUAACAGUAGGUUAAUUGGUUUAAGAAAUUAUUAAUUAGCUCUUAAUUGUCAUGGCCAUUCCUAAUUAGAAAAAAUUAUAUAGUAGUGUAGAGAAUUGAGGAUCUCUUAAAUAAGAUUCAUAUGCCAAUUUAUAUAUUGUGUAGGUUCUACAGAAGAAUUGUUCCAUACCAAAAUGCAUAACAGUCUUAAUAUCUUUUAAGGAGGAGAAUCAGACUCUAUUCUGACCUUAGUAAAGUUUGUAUCUUAUUUCCUUAAGAUUUAUUGGCAUGAAAUUGUUUAAAGCUAAUGUUUAAAACCAUAUGCAUAGUAAAAUAAAAAGCAAAGCUGUUUGGUUAAAUUGGAAGAAGGAAAAAUAUUAGUUCACACAUCUGUGUUUAGCUUGAAAACUGUUGCAGUGUAAAGGUGGGCCUUAGGGGUCACUGGUUCUUCUGAGAAUCUAAUGAAGGCUUUGUGAACUCUGGCCCUAGGACAAAAACGCAUAGCAGCACAUACAGAGAAAGUGUGACUUGCAGUUUGAAUAGACUCUGGACAUGAUGAAACAUGUCACAGACUGCAGGUUAAAGACCUCUAUCCUAUAAGAAAAUUGAUAUACUAAACUGAAGAAAUUUUCUUUUAAUACAGUACUUAGAUGAGCACAUUUAAAAUGUACACAUGAUGAUAAUGUUAUGGGGGAAAGGUCUGUAGUAUGUGAAAUAAUGACCUGAUGAAUGCUGGUACAACAGUGGAAGGUUUUAAACACCAUUUUUAGGGCACUGAAUUGUUUGGUGUUUCUGAAAUAUUUUGAAUCAGAAUUAUAAGAAAAUGUACUGUCACCAAACAUGAAGUCUUUACUUCAUGAAAGUUUGAAUAGUCCUGUAAAAUCCUGUGCAAAACACGUUUGAGAAUAUUUAACUUGGUAUUCAUAAGUAACUCUCUUGUUCUGUGAGCUUUUCCACUCAGAUUUAAAUUUUCAUGUAGUGGUUUUACUGCUGGACUAUGGUGCAAUACAGUAGAAAACCAACUUCGUUACAUUUACACCACAGGAAAACUAAGGUGCUCCCUCUUCCCCACAAAAAUCACUUCUCUUCAAAUGAAAAACACUACAAAUUUUGUAUCCUUUUAAAAUUUCUGCUUGACAGGAUAAGCUUUUUUUGUUUUUCUGAAGCAGUAUGCAAGCCUUUAUUGUCUGCAGUUUUAGCGUUCUGGAUGUUCAUAUGGGCUGUUUUAUUCCCUGAGCUCUUUCAGCGUAGAAUCUGGUGCUUCCUGACCAAAAGUGAGAACAACAUAAAAAAUGUGGAUACUCUCAGUUGAAAUGGAGUAAAAACAUUGGUUCUGCAUGUUUUCUUUUAAAACAAAACAAACUCGCUCUUUUUUAUACUUGCCCCUUUAAUACAUAUUACUAGUAUUUAUAAAAUGUGACUUGUAAUUAUGUAAUUGUAGAUACUGUUAUGUACUGUUCAGUGACAUCCUAAGGCAGGCCCUGUUGCUGUAUCUUUUCUACAUUCCUGUUUUAAAUAGAAACUAGAAUGUAUGACUAAGAAGUCACUUUGAGACUGACUUUUCAGUCAUCACCUUCUGCUGUUGCAAAGUGCACAACUGUGAGUGGAGUAGUUUAUUCUGACUUAAUAUGUUAGGAAUUAGAGAUACAGUGGGAGGACUUUUUAGAUAUUGCUGCUGCUGUUACCCAAGGUACUUUAGAAAUUUUUCUUUAAUAAACAAAAAGCCCUUUGAUAUUUAAAGUAAAACAUUUAGCCUGUUUGUUUUAAUCUAAAACAAAAAGUAAUUUGGGUCAACAUAUUGGUAUAUUUGUAAAGCGCCUUAAUAUAUCCCUUUGUGGAAGGCACGUCCCAGUUUACUUUUAUAUUGUAUUGUAUAUAUAAGUAUUUUGUAUUAAAAUGGAAUCAAUGACAACACUACAGUUUUAUAAAGUAAUGCUUUGCUAGAAAAAAAAUUACAGCUUUGCAGUAUAGCAGUUUUUGCAUAUUUCUGAAUGUAAUAGAACAAAUAAUCAGCCUGUGUUUUUAAUGAAUCUAUUUGUAUUUUCCCAAUCAUUUCCUCUAGUGUAACAUUUGCUGGGAUAAUUAAAAAAAAAAUCCAAAUCUUUCAA